AUGGAAUGGGCACUGCAGGCUCAGCAGGUUUCCGAGGAAAAAUGGGUCGAAUUCGGGACUUAUCAGUUACAAGGUGAGGCCCAGUAUUGGUGGCAGGGAACACGACGUAUUCUGCAGCCAGAUAGAGCUAUGGUACCAUGGGAAGUGUUCCGAACAGAGUUCUACAAAAAAUAUUUUCCCAGUUCAGCUAGGAACGCCAAGGAGCUUGAGUUACUGCAGCUGAAACAAGGCCAAAUGACCAUCGAGGAAUACACUAAUAGGGUAUUUUCUGAACUCGUGAAUAAGAGUAGGGUGGAUAAGGAGUGUCUGAGAAAGGUGGCAUUAGAUAAGGGUGAUCACCGAGCCUCUGUUAGGGGAGAUCAAGGAAGAAAUUUUGCGCCUAGAGGUCAAGAUUUCAAGCGAGGCGGCAAUAUUCCACAGCAACAUCAAGGUCAGAAUAACUUCCGGAGGUUCAACAAUAACAACAAUCAGGGAAGAGGAUAUGGAAAACAGGCUCAGUUUCUGCAAGACGAUUUGACUUGUAGAAGGUGUAGAAGGUACCACCCGAACACUCCAUUUAGAGCCAGUUGGGAUGUAUGUUAUUACUGUGGGAGAGCCGGGCAUAUGUCCUGGAAUUGCCUGGAAAAGAAGAGUCAAGAAGCUAGAAGAGCUCUGUAG